AUGUACCACUGGCCUUGGACUUCGGCUCACGUCUAUGUAGGCGAGGUUCCAGCUAUCUUGCCGCCAACAAGACCACCGACCGCCUUUGCAAACUUUAUGAUUCAGUUUUACAAAGACUGGCAAGACAGGGAAGGACGUGGUUCGUUUGCUGUCGUUGGCCAGGCGUGGCGUCAGCUUCCUGAAGAGGAGAGAGAGAAAUACUAUGACGCUACAGAGUGGGAAGAAUAUCGUAGGAAGAUGGAUGAGUACUUAAGGGCUACUAGUGGUAACACGGAUAUGACGAAAAAGACGACACCGUAUAUUCUAUUCCGCGCUGAGAAAUUGACAGAAAUGGGGCAUGAUGGGACUCGAGAAUCCCUUCAAGCGAAAUCGCCCAUCAUUGCGAAAGCGUGGCAGACGCUAUCUUCUGAGGAGAAAGAUAAAUACGGGGACCCGGAAGAGUGGGAAGAGUAUCAUAGGAUGAGGGACCGCUGGACUAGUUCGAAAUAUAGGACGAAUACGCGGACGCCGUAUAUUAUAUUCCGUGGUGAGAAACUGAAGGAAAUGGGCCAUGAUGGAUCUCGAGAAUCCCUUGUUGAAAAAUCGCAGAUCCUUGUGAAAAAGUGGAAAAGGCUGUCUGAUGCUGAGAGAGCUGUAAGGACUUUCUCCGCUAUGGUUCUGUUAAAGAGAUGUUAA